UAAGGAGGUUGCUUGGUGACACCGUGAGUGGCUUGGCGAACAUAUGACGUUCUCGAGCGUAGAUAUUGCGGACAGUCACCCGACCACUGGAUGGUUUCGUCUAUCCUGGGGCAAAUGGGGCAGGCAUGAGUGUUCUCGUAACCUGACCUUUUUAUCCCGAUUGAACAUCAGUGAACGCCUGAGUCCUAAUGGCGUCGCACCCGACAUAUGAAGCGCAUGGGCAACCAUAUGUGGACGAAAAGGCGUCGAUGACCGCCGAAAAGCAAGAUUCGGGAGGUUCCAGAGAUGUUUUCGCUGAAGAUGACGUCCACCAGAUUCAGUACAAAACACUUAGCUGGCAGGCUGUCAGUCUCCUCAUGAUAGCCGAAAUCGUCAGCAAUGGUAUCCUGUCUCUUCCAAGCGCAUUGGCAGUCGUUGGUAUUGUGCCCGCUGUCAUUCUAAUCGUGUUUCUCGGUAUUUUUGGCCUGUACACUGCGAAGUUGCUCAUCGACUUCAAACUGAAUCAUCCUAACGUACAUACGAUGGGCGACGCUGGAUACAUUAUGGCCGGACCUGUAGCUCGGGAGGUGCUUGCCUUCGGAACUGUUGCUUUCGCUGUGUUUGCUUCUGGCUCUGAACUACUUUCCAGCCAGCAGGCACUGUCAACGCUUUCGAAUCAAGGCUUAUGCAGCAUGUAUCUGGUUAUUAUCGCUGGUGCCGUUGGUUUCUUGAUUUCACUACCGCGGACACUGGAUCGCUUGGCGUGGAUGGGUUUUAUUAGUGCAAUAGUCAUUGCCGUGGCUGGUUUCGUUGCAAUGAUUGGAGCAGGGGCGAACCCAGUUCCCGGACGGUCUCUGACAGUAGCUGCAUCUAGUAACUUUUUCGAUGCUUUCUUGGCUGUCACAAAUCCUGUGGGACACUUCAUGUUCUUUAUUCUAAUAUCUGAGAUGCGUAGACCCGAGGACGCUAUGAAGGCAGCAUGGUGUCUGCAAGGCUUCGCUACAGUAUUUUAUACUGUUUUCAGCGUAGUCGUAUAUGUCUACAUUGGAAACACGGUGCAGUCCCCGGCCCUUUUUUCUCUUCCUCCGGCAUGGGCAAAGGCAACGUUUGCUAUUGCUCUCGCAAAUUUCCUGUUCACUUCCGGGCUAUACGUUCAUACAGCUGCAAAGCUGGUGUUUGUUCGCAUAUUUCGUCAUUCAGAGCACAUCCAUUCGCAUACCUUACUCGGAUGGACGGUUUGGACUCUGCUGUGUUUUACGGGCGUAGCUGUCGCUGCAAUUCUCGCUAUCGCAGUUCCGAUAUUUUCCUACCUAAUCGGCAUUGCGGCAGCCCUCUUUGCCGCAUGGUACACGUACGGUUUGGCCGGAUUCUUCUGGUUGCAUGACGUAUAUCAUCUCAAGGGUGGCGUAGACGGGCUCAAAGGACGGCCAAUCGGGACUAUACUCGCAGUGCUGACUAUCAUUGCCGGCGCUUUCAUCUGUGCCGCUGGGACUUAUGUGUCGAUAAAGCUCAUCGUCGAAGCAUACGCCAGUGGCCAGGUUGGUAAACCUUUUACGUGCUAG